CGAGCUUGCUUGGAACGUCAAUAUUUUGAUUUGAAUCGAAGGCUAUUUUGACUAUUUCCUUAAUCUAUUUUCACAUAUGAGUUUAGAGCAGCAAACUUCCAAUAAAACUAUACCUAGAUUUGAAAUGUCUUCGAGUCUCCUGAUGCCAGAAUCUUGCCGAUGUUGUUUAUCGGAAGAGAACGAAAUGUUCUAUGUGUUUGAAAGUUUGGACGAGUUUGGUAGCAAGAUCAACGAUUUAAUAGCAAAACACGGCGGCAUUUCGAUUACCGAGAGGGAUAUUUUCUCCAAGAACAUUUGUGGCAAAUGCCUGAGUGAUGUGGCAAAUGCAGCUCGUUUUCAAAAUAGAUGUAUCAAAACGGAGGAAAUCUUGCAAAACACAAAGCUCGAUGUAAAGGAUAUUAUGCUGAGUCCCAGGAUAAAUCCUGUCGCCCCGACCGGACAAGAACUAGAAACCACUCAAGUACCCGAUAAAUGUGAGCAAUUUUCCAACAGUGAACACAACAUCAACGACUCUGAUCAAAUAAAAAAGGAACCUGUGUGGGUGUCGGAGUAUUCAGAAGCACCUUCCACUAGUGAAAUUGUUCGACCGAAAGAGGAAAUCGUUACGACAGAUGAUUGUGAAGACCAGUCAUCGAACAAUCCUAACGAUGAUGGCACAACACAGGACCCUUUAAUGACUGAUGCUCGAAAGCAUAAAUGUGACUUCUGUGGCAAAGGAUUUGCAGCAACCAACGAUCUGAAGCGCCACAAACGUAUUCACACUGGUGAAAAGCCACACAAAUGUCAAACCUGCGGAAAGGCAUUCAUUGCAAGCAGUCAGCUUACCAGGCAUGUACGCAUUCACACGGGGGAGCGACCGAGCAAAUGCAAUCUCUGCGAAAAGGUGUUCAUCUGCGGUAGUGAUUUAACGAAGCACGAGAAGCGUGUCCAUGCCAACCUAAGACCUCAUGUGUGUGAAACUUGUGGAAAAGGAUUCACUGAGAAAAGUCACCUCGCGAACCAUAUGCACGUUCACACUGGCGAACGACCCUUCAAAUGCGAUAUUUGUGGUGAAGGGUUCACCGAAAACUGUAAACUAACGAAGCACAAACGCAUUCACGCUAACGUUCGUGAGUACAAGUGUAACACCUGUGGCAAAGAUUUUCUCGAAAAAGGUGAUCUUAAGAAGCACACUCGUAUUCACACCGGAGAACGGCCGUACAUUUGCGAUAUGUGUGGCAAAGGAUUUGCUGAAAGUAGUCACCUACUGCGGCACAGACGCACGCAUACGAAUGAUCGACCGCACAAGUGCGAUAUGUGCACCAAGACCUUUCUGGACAGCAAUGGACUGGCAAAGCAUCGAUUCACUCAUACUGCAGAUAAACCGUAUCAGUGCCCGGUAUGUGACAAAGGAUUUGCCGGAAGUGGUCACCUGUUGCGACACAUGAGCGGGCAUGAUGUUGAGUCAUUAAAGAAGUUGCAAUAAUGCGAGUUUUGUGACAAUUACCCAACAAUGACUUCUUUCUACGUACGUAGUCCUGCUAGACCCAAUAAGCAAAAAGCUUUGGGGUAUCCACCGUGGGAAACCUCCCGAAAAUAAUUAUAUGAAAUUUCCGUGAAUUCUUAAAUGCUUAAUACCGCUAGUACACUGUCUAAUUGUAAUUUGUAAUUUAUUGUCAACUAUUAUACAUUAUUAUAUCAACAUUGAUCCAGGUCAAGUCAGAAUAAAGGACAAUAUGACAGUGAAAA